UGGCUUCCGUGGACUUAUAAUUCUGCUUGACCACAGAUUCCAAAAACAAUGGCUAAACAUGUGAUUCCCUCCAAGUUCCUCAGCAGCCACGCCGCUGUAAGCCGUAAAUUCUUCUGCUCCUGUGCACUACCUUCCCCUAGCGCCAUUCAUGAUCCACCCGAAACUGCAAGCAAAAACCUCCAAGAAGAGUUGCGGAAGCUCCGAAUCCUUCUGCAGCAGAAUCGAUGCGUCAGUGCAAAGAAUAUCCUAGUCAAUCUUGCGCACUCAAACUCUGUCUCCGAGCUUUACAAUGUCUUCUGUGUCCCUGUAGCCGCAUCUACGAAGCCCCUUUUUGCUGACAUGCUUUUCUCCAUUUAUGCCGACUCCAAGCUACUUGAUAAAGCAAGUGAGCUGUAUUCAUUGAUGAGAAAAGAAGGUAAGUUCCCUUCUUUAUCUGAUCUUAAUGCGUUUCUUGAAAUGCUGACCAAUUCGAGACAGUACGAGAAGGUCCUCGAAGUGUUUUCGGAUGUGGUUAAAGCAGAUAUGCAGGUUGAUAGUUGCAGCUGUAAUGUAGCUAUACAAUCAGCCGUGAAGCUAGGGGACUUGCGACGGGCACUUCAUGUGAUGGAUUUAAUGAGAAAGUCUGGGUUGCGAAUGGAUUCUUUUGUGUACAAUGUGGUCAUGGGGGGCUUUUGUAAAGAGAGAAGGGUUAGCGAAGCACGGAAGCUGUUUGAUGAGAUGCUCCUAAGAAGAGUGACACCUACUAAGGGAGAAUGAAGGAAGCUAACAUGGUGUUGGAAGAAAUGAAGACUUAUGGAUUUGUUCCAGAUGGAUAUACAUACAGUGUACUCUUUGAUGGCCACUCAAGGUGUGCUGAUGUUGAUUCAUCUUUGGCUUUGUUUGAAGAUUUGGUGAAGCAGGGGGUUACAAUGAAUGAGUAUACUAUCAGCAUUUUGUUGAAUGUGUUGUGCAAGAAUGGGAAGAUGGAUAAGGCUGAGCAGAUUCUCAAGCUGUUGAUGCAAAGUAGACAUACCCUUACAGAGGUGAUAUUUAACAUAAUUGUCAAUGGCUAUUGCAAGGAAGGCAAUAUGGAGCAGGCGGUUUCAACUAUUGAAGCAAUGGAGAGUUGUGGAUUGAAGCCAAGUUGUGCAACAUUUAACACAUUAAUCGGUGCGUUAUGUAAAUCUGGAAAGAUGGAAGAGGCAGAGGGAUUGCUUAGAAAGAUGGAUGAGAAGCAAGUUUCUCCAACUGUGCAGACAUACAACAUCUUAAUAAAUGGUUACGGUUGUAGUCAUCAGUUUGAUAGGUGCUUCGAGAUUCUUGAGGAAAUGGAAAGCAGUGGACUGAUGCCCAAUGUUAUAACAUAUGGUUCAUUAAUAAACUGUUUGUGCAAGGAUGGUAGGCUUCCUGAGGCGGAAGUGGUUGUGAAUGAUAUGCUUGUUAGAGGGGUUAAGCCCAAUGUCCAAAUACAUAAUAUGGUUAUAGAUGGUCACUGUACCCGCGGAAAAAUGGAAGAUGCUUUUCGGGUCUUGGACAAGAUGGUCGGGAAUGACACUGCACCCACAAUUGUAACAUACAAUUCGUUAAUACAUGGCUUAUGUAGAAAUGGAAGGGUUAGGGAUGCCGAGGAAUUAAUCCUAGAGAUUCCAAAAAGAGGUCUAAAGCCUGAUGUUAUUACAUAUAAUUCUUUGAUCUCUGGCUACUCACAUGAAGGGGACACUGCCAAGUGUUUUGAAUGGUAUGAGCAGUUGAAAGCAGCUGGUGUUAAACCAACCGUAAACACUUAUCAUCCCCUAAUUAGUGCUUGCAAAAAGGAAGAGAGUGGACUGACUCUAGUUGACAAAAUUGUGCAAGAAAUGGUUAUAAUGAACCUGUCUCCUGAUAGAGUUGUAUAUAAUGAGCUAAUUAAUUGUUAUGCAUUUCAUGGAGAGGUUGGAAAAUCAUUUGCGCUGUUUAGUAAAAUGGAACAACAAGGAAUUAUUGCUGACAAGAUAACCUGUAAUAGCUUGAUUAUGGGCCACUUGAUGAAGGGAGAGAGUUUAGAAGCACAGAACAUGUUUGAUUGCAUGAAGGCUAAAGGAGUUGUUCCUAAUUCUGACACUUAUAACACCCUGGUUAGUGGACACUGCAAGCUAAAGGACUUCAAUGGAGCACUCAUUUGGUACAGAGAAAUGUUUGAGAAAGGGUUUUUACCAGCUAUCACUACCUGCAAUGAGCUUAUUUCUGGCCUUAAGGCUGAAGGAAAAUUUGAGGAAGCCAAGAUAAUAUGCUCAGAAAUGAGUGCUAAAGGAUUAGUUGGAUGAGUUAAGCUCAAAUGAGGAUCUCUUGCGUAUAUACUUGUUGGUAAGAACCUUACAUUGUAACCUUAUUAUAACUUGAUACUUUGCGUAGAUAUGCUUUUUUGGGUCAUCAAUCAUAUUGGUUCAUCUGAAGUAUUGGCUACUUUUGACAACUUCAUUCCCCUCCCACAUAGUUUAUAUUUAUCAAAACAUACUCUACUGGACAUAUUUAUUAUUUACAACACUUUUUUGUUUUGGUAAGUUAUUCAUUCAUAAAUACAUAAUUAUAUUUACUUUUUUGACUUAUCUCCCCAUUUAACCUUUCAGCUCUUUUCUCCUACUUUUUACAUUGUUCUACUGUAUUUACUACUCUUAGGGCCUGUUUGGAUGGAGAUGGAGUGUUGGGAGGUGUUAGUAAUGGAAGGGCUAGUAAGUGUUAGCAGCGGCCCGGAAGGGAAGCUAAGUGUGAGAAGGCGAACUGGACACCUGCGACCCGGUAGAAACGCGAUGAUGAUCGAUGAAGAAUGGCUAGUGUCAACGAACGGUGAGAAGCUGUUUGCGAUGGCGAACUGGAAACUGCGGCUAGAGACCGAGAAGAGACCUGCGAACUCAGAGAAACGGCUUGCGACGAAGAAUGCGAACAAGGAGACUCGGCUAGCGAUUUUGCAGAAUUCGUACAGCGUCGCACUGUCCUGGCUCGUCCUCGCGAUCGGUGCUGUUUCUGGUUCACUACCAAAUUCCGCAGCUUAUCCAUCUUAGCAUCCAUCCAAAGGUCCAGAUUCUCCAUUUUCGUUUAAUCGUUUCCAUCAUCUGUUCUAAGCUCAGCAUCUUGUUCCACAUCUCUUCUACUACCGUGCGCAGAUCCUGAACACUAUUUUCCACUGAUUCAAUCCUGUGCUCCACCCGAGCUCUCGUCCAGGUCAUUCACUGGUAUUCUAGGAUGUUGCUCUGAUACCUAUGAUAGGAACCAGACAAUUCGUGUAUAUUAAGUAAAGAAUUCAGAGAAAUCAAAGAAUUCCUGAAGCACUUGUAAUGGCAGAAACCGUAGCUAGCGUACAUGAAAUAUUGUGACCGAACUGUGGAAUAUGUAAGUCCUAGAUCUUCUCUCGUUCUACAUACUACGUAUAUAUGAAAACUUUGGCAAGGAUUUACUAGUAUUUUAGCUUUUUAUCUUUUG